UGUUUGUGAACCUCGUACUCGAACCGCAGGUCACAAACCACCAAUCCAAUACCCGAAGCCACCAUUCCAUCCCAUUGUCUCACUUCUCCGCAAUGACAGACAAAGACGUGAAACAAGGAACCAUUCGGUCCUUGCGCAACUGGGGAGAGAACUCCGUACCCCCGACUCUCCUCGCGACUCUCAUAACAGCGCAGCACUUUCGUCCCUUCCAGAGCCUGCCCAUGAUGUUCCCGCCUGUCCUUCUCUUUUCAAGUUACCUCAACUUGAGCGGGUACAAGAAGGAUUCCGCAGGCAUUACUGCGGCGUGGAGUGGCCUGUAUGCUCUGCUGGCGAUGCGGAGAAAACAUCAUCUGAAGCAGAAGUUCGGCGCACGAGGAAUUGUCCGAGGCGCAUCGCUGGGUCUCUGCGCUGUCAAUGUUGCAGGAUGUGGUCUGGCAUACGUAUUCGGCAAGAGAGAAGAGGAUGAGUCAUGAAAAGCUUCGUAGCACGCCAUGCCCUGUAACAUAUUGUACACAAGUGUAGUAUUCAUGGAUAGGGAUUAGGGUCCAAGGUCGGGCAAAGCAAACAGCCUUCCCAAGUCGAGUCAUAUUCUCAUAGCCCGCUACCCAAGAUGUCGAAGCGUACAU